AUGGGUCUCUUCAGCAAGAAGGAUAAUACUGUCCCGGCCACCCAGGCCCCACCCGCAACCUACAACAACGCGCCCCACGGCCACCACACCACGCGGCACUCCACCGACAGCCACCGCCGCAACAAUGGAGGCGGCAUGUUCUCGCGCCGCCGCUCCUCAUCCCUGUCCUCUUCUGACUUCGAGGACAACCGCAAGAACAGCGGCGGCCUUCUGCACCGCGGCAACCGCAACAGUCAAUCCAUGAACCACGGCCACCCACCUGCUGCCCGCACUGGUGGCGGCAUGUUCUCGCGCAACCGUGACAUGGAAGAUCCUAGCAUUGCCGCUGCUCGUGAACGCGUGCAGAUUGCGGAACAAUCGGAGCGGGAUGCGGAGAGGGCUCUGAUGCAUUCCAGGAAUGCUGUGCAGGAUGCUAAGGCUCAUGUUAGGAAUUUGGAGGUUGAGGCUGCCGAGGAUGCCCGGAGGGCUAAGGCCAAGCAGAGUGCUGCGAAGGAUAUUGGGAAGCAUAGCAGCAAGCUUGGACGGAAGUUCUAG